CCCGCAGUGCCCAGGAAGGGACUUCACCAACGGCCUCCGGCGACAGGCGGCGGCGAUGGAGAGGAACCCGGCGGCCUCCGCCAUGGACUGGAGCAUCGACCUCGACAGGGGCCUCCGCUCCCGCCACCCCGCCACGCGCCUCCAGGCCCUCGAGGCCGCGGCCCCGCGCAUCCGCGAGCUCUCAGCGUGCCCCGCCGUCCCCGCGGCGGUGGCCUCCGCGUCCGGCGCCGUCCUGCCCUCCGAGCCACGCAUCUUCGCCGAGGCCAUGCUCCUCCGCCUCGCCACCGAGUUCAGGACCGCCGCCGACGACUCUGUCCGGGCCAGCAUCGUCCGCUCCCUCCUCCCGACCGAGGGAGGCGGCGCGCGCGUGGCGGAGCCCGACCAGAUUCUCAGGAGGGUCGCGGCGGCGCACGACGCGGCGGGGACCGCGCGGGCCAGGGCGCUCGCGCUGAGGAUGUUCGGCUGCCUCGCCGACCUCGCCAAGGACAGCGUUCACGUACGCUCUCUUGUCCUCUCCGGCCUCUGCUCUUCCAAUGCUGCAGAGGUCAAAGCGGCAUUGUUUGCAGCCGGUUGCUUUUGUAAGCUGUCGGAGGACUUCUCGUGCAUCACCCUUCAAGUACUGGCUGGUUUAGUUACCUCACCAAAAUCAGAAGCUCAAGUUAUUCUAGCAGCAAUUAAGACUUUCUCCAAGCUUGAUUGUACAUUGGCCAUCAUCCAGAGAGUUCAUGUGGUUGGAAAGCAAAUGGUUCUAGGCAACCCGGAAGAUGUAUUCAAAGCUGAAAUGCUUAUGGCACUCUCCAGACUGUCGUCCAAGUCAAUAAUUUUGUUUCGUGAUCAGGUGGAAUUUCUGUUAAUAUUUCUGGGGCAUGAAUCUUCUCUUUGUCUGAAGACUAUGGCUUUAAAAUGUUUGUGUUUCAUGUUUCACAGAAAAACUUUCUAUCUUCCUGUUGCUGGUACUAUUUUUAGCACAUUGUUACAGCUAAUUGAUGAUGACGGUUUCCCACUUGAUCCUAAGAGCUACGCAUUCAGGAUUCUGCGAAAGAUGCUCUGUGGUAAAGCUCCAAGCAUUCGUCAUAUCAAUUCGUCUGAGUUAUCUAAGCUUGCUCUGGCUGUUGAAAGGUUUUUGCAUUGUUCUUCCUGGGAGAUGCAACAAACUGCUCUUGAAACUCUCGUGGACAUCUUUUGCUUUCUCAAGCAAAUACAGCCACAUGAGACCACGAAUACUCUCAAGAGUUCAUCAUUCUCAUGCACUGGGUACCAAGGAAUUUCCAACAGCAUGCUGCCAACUCAUGAAGAAAAUAGUGAGGAUGAAAGAUCUAUGAAUAAGAUUCUAACAUCAAUUGUGGAUCAUAUUAUAUCUCUGAUCAAUCUAGCAGUCAGCAAAGGAAGCAAUGAAGUAGCAACCAGACAUUUCUCUGUGUCUUCCUCUGAAUUGAAUAAAUACAGAACUCUGUUCAGCCUUAUGCUAAAGCUUGUAAGAGUCUACCCUUCUGCUGCUUCUGUUGCUCUUGAUAAAUUAAGAUGCCUGAUGAAAGAACUGGCUCGAAUAAAUGUCAAUCAUUAUUGCAAAGUUGCAGCUACCUGUGUUGAAUCACUUGUUGCCUCUGAGCAGUUCAGAGCUUCAAAUGAUACUGUUGAACCAGUGGCUGCAAGUAUCAAAGCUUCUCCCAUGGAAAUUGAUACUGAUGAGGCAAAGUUAGCUUCCACUGAAUUUAGUAGCAAGACAAAAGCAUCUAAAGUGCAUUAUCUAAUUCUUUGUUCACUCAAGUUUGCAAAUGCCUGUCAUGAUAUGUGUUGUAAAACAUCUGGCUCUAGCUGCAAUCUUCACCAUAGUGUUAAGGCUCUAAUUGAGUGUGUGCGGGAGGACGCCUCUGAGUAUUACAACACAUAUGAAACCUUCCGUCUCAUAUUGUGUGGCUGUAUCUCAUGGAAUACUUGUAAAAUCAGAGAUGGUAAUAAAGGAUCAGAUGAUCUAAAAGAGCACUCGAUAUUCACUAGUCCUGCUUGGAUAGCUCAGGAAUUGUGUGCCCUUCGAAUGGCCAAAAUGCUUACAAGAAAACAGAGCUAUUGGGAAGCCUAUAGAUCUGCUAUGUACUGUUGUCAAGAAGGCCUUUGGUUCACAGCAUCUUUUGUCUUUAGAAAAGUUGCAGAUGCUUUUGAGUCAGGCUCCUUUAGUCUUUGGUUCAAAUCAUUGCUUCUUUUUUGUGCUGGAGAACUUGAGAUGAAGCUAUUAAUUUUUCCUUCAAUGAUCAUUAAGCUGGUCGGUGAGCUAGAUACAGAGGGAGAUGUUCAUGAGGACCUCUGCCAUGUCGAAACAGAUGUUGACAGUACUCUUGCUAGAUCUCCAGAGCUGUAUGGCUACCAAGAAAAGAUCACUGGUAUUUGUGAGAGAACAUGCUUAGCAAAUGAUGGCCUCUCAUCUAAUGUCUCUUUAGACUGCGAAUUCUUCUUCCAGAGGUGGUUCAUCAGUCUGAGAGCGUCUUUUAUUGAAAUUCUAGCUGAUGUUCUUGGCAUCCUUAGUUCAUAUUCUUCUCCUCCGAAAGACAUAUCUCAUCAUGAAUCAAGAGACUCUUCAGCUAUAGCCAUAGAGAACAACCAAGUGCUCGUAGCUUUGGCAAAUUGUUCUUUAAGACUUAGUAACCUAGCAAAGAGCUAUGAUCUCUUAGCUGCGUCCCAUGGGGACAUGGAUUGCCAAAGCUUUACUACUAUAGCCAGGCUUGCUUUCAUGUGCUCAUUUUUGUCAUUUUGUACCGUGUUUUCUGUGGAUUUCUCAAAUGUACCUAGCAGUUCUGAGCAUUGCAGGCUUCCAGACAGAUUUUCUCAUGCUUCAAUCCUACAAGAUUUACAUGAAAGAGUAGAUAGGAAUGAUAGCCAAAUUGUCUCCCAACUACGAAAAUUCAUGUCUAUUUCUUCUCAUGGACUGGAUUCCUUACAGUUCAGCACACGAAUGAAUUGUUCAGGUACUCUGGAGAAGGAUUCUUAUUUUCUGUUCAAGUUUGCUGUGGCAUCUUUGCUUCGUGCACGUGAGGAUGCCAAAGGAGUAACGACUGGGGAGGACACUUUAUCUCCUUUGCACAGAGGGAUGCAAUUUCUAUCAAGCAUUUUGCAGAGGUGCAUGGAAUUGCCUUUCGUGCUUCCCAAAUACUUCUUCAGCAUCAGACCUUGCCUUGGCGCUGAACUUUUCAUAUUUGAUUCCAAUCCUGCAAACAGAGACAGAGUAUCAGUAUCGCCUGGUUUCCAGCUGUCCCUGACUCUUUGCUUGCAGUGGAAGCGUGUGCUGGAGAGGACUCAUAUCCGCAUCACGGAACUAUACUGCAUUCUAGCCACAAGCUCAUCGUCGCGCUUAGACAUUGCAGGAACAAGGAGCAAGCAGUUUGAGAUACGCAGGACCACCAAAAUGGUUGGGCUGAACUUCAAGCUGCUGCAGCACAUAAAGGACGACCUGAGGAAGACCAGCGACAAGAAGAAUUCCCAUUCCAAGACAGACCUGGUGACAGGUUUGGCGUGUUUUGAACCGACUGACAGCGGCCAGGGAUUUUCGGACUGUUUGCUGGAUGUUUCCUCGUUUCCUCGUGGUUCAUAUCAGAUAGCAUGGCAGGCGUGCUGCGUGGAUGACAAGGGUCGCUAUUUUAGCUUGCUGCCCCUGAAUGAUGGCAUCGUCUUCUCCGUUCAGAAGCCCUGACGGUCCCUCGGGCUCGAUUGAGGCUCAGAUAUUUAUUUAUUUUUUGAUAUAGGAGCUGUAUGUAUGUAUGGUAUAGUGUAUGAUGCAGAAGCAUAUUCGUAGUUACAGAGGUCGUGAUGGUGAUUAUGUGAGCCACACCGGGUUACCAUAGUGUCUCCUUUCCUGGACUUUAUUGUAUAUCUAAUAUCCUGGAAGAAAGUCUGGAUUGGAACAUCCAUGAGGCCUGUGCUAUUGUAUUAUCUCCUUCAACUAACUGAGAUUUCCAGGCUUAGUAACUGACUGAGGUUUUCAGUUUGACGUGAGCUGCUGCUUGCCCAUAUGAAUUUAAGCUUAAUUAGUUGACU